AUGCCUGGACCGGGUCAAGACUUUUUUCACCUCAACAACAGCAAGUCCUGCACCUUUGAUUUUGAAGAUUAUAUUAAAACCGAGCUAGGGCUGGGCGCUACAAACGAAUCAGACACGAUUUGCCAAGAGUUUUUAAAGGGAACGUGUACGAAGGGCGCAAAAUGCGAAUUCAAACAUACCACUAAUUAUAGGGAAAAGGCGGUAGUCUGUAAACAUUGGUUACGGGGACUUUGUAAGAAAGGUGAUCAAUGUGAGUUCUUACAUGAAUUCAAUAUGAGAAAGAUGCCCGAGUGUUGGUUUUACUCGAGGUACGGGGAAUGUAGUAACGAGGACUGUAUGUAUCUGCAUAUUGAUCCUGAAAGCAAAAUCAAAGAAUGCGCAUGGUACGCGAGAGGGUUUUGUAAACAUGGACCUCAUUGUCGACACAAGCAUGUUAGAAAAGUUGUUUGCCAGUUGUAUUUAAGCGGGUUUUGUCCCAAGGGAUUGGAGUGUACCAACGGACAUCCAAAAUAUGAAUUGCCAACUGCACAACGAGAUCAUGACGGUCAAGAUGAUGAUUCGCAUCAUAGACAUCACGGAGAGAAUGAUGAGGCAAGAGCAUAUCUCGAUUGA